UUUCAAUUUCGAAGAGGAUAAUGCAACCCAAUAAGCCAUCUCGAACCUCGAAUGCACAUACGUAGUAAUCCUUAUGCUUGUUGCUGAGGCUACCUUGGAUACACCAACCCAGCGAGUAAGCUAGUGAGUCCAUCCAAAUAAACUCUAAGAAGUUCUUAAGAAACAGAGAUUAACUCCACAAUAAAGGUUUGGACUGAAAUCAUUCUCAGAUGAAAUUGACUUACUUCGAUCUAGUUGCAUUGGAGCUUGAGAUUUGUUGUCAGUUCCAACCCGAAGGGUGAAGAAAGAGAGAGUGAGAGGGACUAUAUGAGUCCAAAAGUCAAAUGAAAAAUUCCAGGACAAGACUGCAUACAUGCCAUAUCAUCAAGAAAUGUAUCCGUGGAAGAUAAUGAGAUUUAUAUUAGAGUAUGUGUAGUAUUAUGUUAUACCACGAGUACUGUUAUGUAAUUUAGCAGAGUUAUAUUUCUUGUUAGAGUCAUAGAAGUUAGGCAAUUUCAUAGUGUUAGGGUUAUAUAGAACCAGUCUAUAUACUCUAUAUAAAUCCUAUGUGGUUUCAGUAAUAAGAUACAACAGUUUCCACCGUAUUAUGAUUUUCCAACAAUUUAAUCCUAAUGUUAGGCUCGAGAGACCUCAUUGGUCGAGGUGCAAUAGAUACCUGAGUAGUUGAGUCGAGAUAUUUCGUUUAAAUUGUUGUACAUUAACAUAAUUAUGUAUUGUACAUGAUGUCAUUCAAAGAUAAACAUAAAAUUUUUAUCGAUCUAUUCUUCUUGUCGAGUUCGAUGACUUGCCACUAGAUGUGGACCUUCGACCCUUAAUUAUGUCAGCCAAUUUUGCCAGAAAAGAAGUCCAACUUACCUAUGAUCAAGGCCCUUACCUAGGGGUAAUCCACAUUUGUUUUUGAGUUAGGCUUACCAACAAACUUAGUUGGGGAAAUUCUCAAAGUUUAAGGUUUGGUCUCGACUCUCGAUCGUCCUUAAACAAUAUUUAGCUCCAAAGGUUAAACUUGCCGCCUAUUUUUGUUCCUAUGCAAUGUUUUAUUUGCUGAUGUUCGUUUCCUUUAUGGAGGGUUGCCUUUGCUCUUACGGUUCCUCCAUUAAUUCAAGGGGAAUGGGUCACACUUCCUUUCCACUUCACGCCUCAAACGUUCAUAUCAACUACCUUCAAACAUAUAUAUGCCCAAUUGCAAAAACAAUCACCGAAGUUUUGAGUCGCUAACAAACUCACCAUCCAAUUUUGAUAUUUAACGAUCGGGUCAUGAAAAUGAAUCGUCUAGCAUGGACACUUUGUAGACAUCUAUUGGAUUUACUCUCCAAUUUGUUCAAAUCACAGACUCACGAGACUAGGUUAACUUAGGUCAUACGAAUUUAACUCAUAUCGUCUUUUCUGUGGGGUUUCGAUUGAGGCUAACCAUCAAAGCUAAUUAUAGGGUUUGCGUUCUAUUUUCGAUGGAGGCUAACCAUCCAAGCUGAAUCGAGAGCAGUUUAAGGGUUAGUUAUCUCAUACUUCUAUGACAUGUUCGUUAAGCUAUAUGGUUGAUUUGUUAAUGACACUAAAGUUCAGUGACCGUUUUGGUAAUUAACUCCACAUGUCUUCUGUGCCGUCCUUCAGCCGGCCAUGGCCAUAAAAUUCUUCCAGAAAAGAAUAAUAAUAAAAAAACUUCAUAAACCUGCAACUCCAUGUUCUUGGCCAUGACAUUGGCACUGAUCAAAAGCAUCCGUCAGAUUUUGUUCUUUUGCCUUUCAAUCGUUCUAUACAUCCCCUUUUCAAUAUCGCACAAAGCUAGACAUCCCAAAUGUAAGAAUGAAAUUGGAAACAAAUUCAAAAAAAAAAAAAAAAAAAAGAAACAAAUAAUUACCAAACAAAACGGAAACAAAUAAAUUAAACUAAGAGAAUGAAAGUGUUAUAUAUUGGCAUCCACGAGACAAAUACAUAUUUGAGUAAUCGAGUCCAGACAUACCAUUUAUAUAGUUGAUGUGUAAGACAAAACUAUAUACUAUACCAAUUUUCAUCGCAAAACAUACUUGUAUUUUUUCUUAACUUUGUCUUCGUAGUAGGUUAUUCGAAGUGCAUGUCAUGAGAAUAACUUUCAUUUUUGUAAAGUUAGGAAACAAAUCCACGAUUUCAAACUUGAUUUUAGGGUGUCACACUCAUACUAAUUAAUAUGAUUUAUAUGGCUAGAGAAGUGACUGAUGGAUUUGCAACGGUUUCCAUCUCAAGGUUUAUUUCGUGAACAUGAACCUUGAAAACAACAUUACCAACAGAAAUAUUUGUUGUAAUUUGACAAGCCAAAGAACAAAAAAAAAAAAAAAAACAAGAAGAAGAAGAAGAAGAUAAAGGGCAAAAGUUGGAUUCCAUUGCCAUUCUUGUAGGUUAAGUUUGGGAUCUCACUUUCAGGAUAUAAUAGUGUACAUGAUUUGAGUGAUAUGUGAUUCACGGUUUUGAAAGCGAUUUUAUAACCAACCUAGUCAGUUGCACUUACAUGGGAUGUGGUGUCUGUGAAAGCAAAGAAGCACCCCAUAAAAAUUUAACCAGACAAUUCCUUUAUUUGGUUACUUAAUGGAUUCUUUUUAUUGUGAUAUCCUUUCUUCAAAAUGUUUAUGGAGAUAUCCAACAACGAAAUGAUCCCUGAUGGUUUUAGAUUUGGAAUGCCGAAACGCCUUGAAUCAAUGCUAUCAACGUAUGUUAGUCGUUCUUGUAGUGAGAGAUUUGUCGGCUUGAGUAGUGUUGUAUAGGGAGAAUCGAUGUAAGAGUUUCAUAUGCAAAGACCAAUUGAAUGAAUAGUGACUAUGUUUUUUAUUGCCUAGUUCAGUUUGAUAUCUAUGUCACACGAGAUAAGUUUUUUACUACCUCAUUGAGGAGUGUCCUCUCCUUUGCACCAGUUUCUUUAUUUAACGGGUUGUCCCUUUGCAACUUAGAUGUCAUCAACGAAAAUAAAAUUUUCUUAUAUAUCCAGAGCCUCUCUUCGUUCGACAAUAUGAUUUUUUAACAAUCAAGGUAUUGGUUCUUGAUCAUGAGUAAUUACUAUUCGUAACCAAACCAAGUAACCGAUUCGGCAUACGAUAUCUUUUGUGGAUGAUGAAGAUAAUUUUCAUUCUUUUUCCAAAACAUAAUGCUGAAGGGAACACAACAAAGUUACUCCCAUCACCAUGGGUGAAAACUGAAAACUGUGAGCAAACUGUGAUGGUUUGUAUUGUUGUUAUGUGGCUUGCGUCAGUCAUCUCAUGUCGAUGAAGCAACUAAUUUUUUUGUGGGGGAGUUGGUUUGGUUGGAGUUGCUUGUCUACCACCAACUCGAGGAUGGCCAAUUUGUCAUUUUUAUUAUCGAAAUUGGGAAUUAGAGAAACUCCAGAGGACAAAAAUAUAUACGCAGAAAUAUCUGUAAGCUUGGACAGGUCAACUACAUCCACACAAAACUUCCAUUUGUCGAAUAUAGUAAUAAAACCCAUAACCAACCAACAAUAACUAGAACACAAAUUGGUGUCAAUUACAAAAAAAAAAAAAAAGUUUUAGCUAAUUGAUUUUAUUAAUGUAUAAUAUUAUCCUUUCUUUAUUCUUUGUAUUUUCUUAUUUUGUUUUAUGAUGAGAGAUUUUGAUGCAUAUGUGCAUUAGAUAUUUAAACUUUCAUAAAAUUUUAUGUAACAUGUUGUUUAGAUAAAUUAUUUUACCAUCUAUAAAUCUUCUCCAAACAGAAUUGAAGGGUUGUUGGGAAAUUGUGAUUGCUAAAUAGAUCUAUUGUGGUGAAUACAUGUAUAAUAUUAAACAAGUAUUGAUAAAUUUGGUACAUUGUAAAAUGUUGUGUUUAGUAUGCGUGAUUGUGUAUGUCACAUCAGCUAAAAAUUGAGAUGCAACCAUCUCAACUUAACUAUUUCAACAAUUCCGUAUAAAAGUUAAGAUAUAACAAUCACUCAUUUUAAAUGAUGUUUUCUAUCACAUCACAAAAAUAACUCACAUAUUGUAUACAUAAAUAAGAAAUAAUGUAUUCUAAAUAUACAAGUAUGAUAACAAUCUCAGAAAAACAAUCGCAACCUAAGCCAUUCGAAGAGUACAUCUUAUGAGCCAAUUGCCUUAUCACUUAGCCAUCACUUAUUGGUUUUAUUCCUGGUGGUUCCCUAAGGUGCAAAAACUUCAAACCCGAUAUCAUAAAAGCAUGAAAAGGGGGAAACAAUUGAAUUUCUUAAAGUGAGGUUUAUGAUUUUUUGUGGGCUCUGUCCAAACAUUUUAUAUCCUACACCAUAAUCAUUUUGAUGAAAACUCCCGAGUUUUAUAUACUCUUCAACAAACGAAGGUAGGAAGACCAAUUCGGUAUUUAAACUUUCUUAUAUCGACGAAUUCAAUUCAAAAGAUUGAAGUUCAAUCCUCGAUGAUACAUACCGACACUCGUUAUUUAUUAUCAUUGAUGCAUUAACUAUCUAUAUACUGAUCAUCCUAAGUAGAAUCGUUGUGACAUGAUAACGUGUUCACAUGACAACUCUAUGUUCUAAAUUUAAGUUCAUCGUGAAUUGGUUCUCAAAUUGCUUUAAGGAACUUUACAUUGCAACACAUCCAAGUCUACAAUCAUACUUCGUGACCCCUUAUGUUAUAUGUGACUCAAGUUAGCAUCAUCGUCUCGUUUAUACUGAUUUUCCCUGUUUAGGGAUGAAAUGGCCUCUAUGACAUCUCCAACAUACAAGAAACGUAAAAAAAACUCCAAAAAACCCUAAGUAACCAAACUAAUCUAUAUACAACUUUAAUAUGGAUCUUCAAUAUCCUUGUCAGAGUUGCCGAAUCAUUAUGAUGUGAUCUAAUGAUUCUUAAUAAGAACUAAUAACGUGAAACUAAUUAGCUUUUUACCACAUCAACCAAUCCUAAUCGGGACGAUCCAUAACUAGAAAUAUAUAUACCACACCAACCUAAUUGUAAAAUCUUAUGUACCAAAACUACCAAGAUGAAAAAUUGUAGGGAUCAAUCAAAUCCACACCACACCCAUCUUUUGGAAACCCCAAUGAGAGCAAGUUUGGCCAGAGGGGUCAUUUCACACGGCUUUUCUUUUUGUCAUUUGGGAAUUUCAUUUUUUUCCUUUCACUUCCCAUUUUGUAUUGUAUAACUAUAACCACUCUUUUUCUCCAUCAAAGCAAUAAUUACUCAUUCCAUUCUCUAUUUCCCCCAUUUUCCAAAUUCAAUUUGAUAAAAUAAAGUUAGAGAGAGAGAGUAGAGAGAGAGAGCGUGCUAAGCUGGCAUGAUACUUUGAAGGACUUUUUCCAAAGGCCCAGCCAGCCUUGUUUAUAAGGGCACUCCCAACCCAGCAAAAGAAAGAGAAAGAGAGAGAAAAACAGAGCAAAAAAUCCAUCAAAUACCCACCCCAAAGCAAAAGCAAGAGAGAGAGAAAGAAAGCAAAACAGAGCGAGAGAAAGCAGCUGAAAGGAGAGGAGAAGAGAGAAAUCAAAUCCCACCCAAGUUGAAGGAGGAGGAGGAGAGAAAAGGGUUUUCAAGAUAGGGUGCUGCGGAGGGAAUAGCAGCUACAGCAGGCAGGAUAGUAACAGUGCGAAAAUGGAGACCGCGCAGCCACAGCCUCAGCAGCAGCCGCUGAAUCAGCUCAUGGUGCAGCAGAACUCGGGGAGCCUGAGCUUCAGCAGCCAGAUGUCGAAGGAAGACGAGGAGAUGUCGAGGUCGGCGCUGUCCAAUUUCAGGGCUAAGGAGGAAGAGAUCGAGAGGAAGAAGAUGGAAGUGAGGGAGCGGGUCCAGGCUCAGCUGGGUCGCGUCGAGGAAGAGACCAAGCGCCUCGCCAUGAUUCGUGAGGAGCUGGAAGGUUUGGCAGAUCCCAUGAGGAAAGAAGUAUCUCUUGUGAGGAAGAAGAUUGAUUCAGUGAACAAGGAAUUGAAGCCACUAGGACAAUCAGUCCAGAAGAAGGAGAAAGAGUACAAGGAUGCUCUUGAGGCUUUUAGUGACAAGAACAAGGAGAAAGUACAGCUCAUUACCAAACUAAUGGAGCUGGUGAGCGAAAGCGAGAGACUAAGGUUGAAGAAGCUCGACGAGCUGAGUAAGAGCAUAGAUACAGUACGCUGAUUCGAUGGAUCCAAUGCCUCUCCCUCCCUCUCUUUGGGGUGGGUUGAUGACUGAUUUUAGGGUUCUUUGUUUAAGUGUUGCUGCUUGCUGCUGAUGGUGAUAAAGAUGGUGGUGGUUGUAUUUAAGUUGACCUUAUUUAUAUUCAUAUCAGGGUGCUUUUUCUUUUGUUUUUUCUUCUUUUCAAUGGGGGUUUGGUGUAAUUCUAUAUCUUUUGUUUGUUUCUCUUAGCAAAAUUUUAAUGGAGUUUCCUUAGUAGGUGGCUUUUUAGGAGGUGAAACACCUUAUAAUGGACAGGUUUGUAACUAGAAAGUGUUUAUUUUGGUUGUCCUCAACUUCUUAAUUGUUUUUUCUUUAGUAGUUUUUCUCUGUUGUUUGUUCUGGAAGGAAGAAUCUGAGUUUGGUACAGGGGUCUAUCUCUCUUUAUUGCAGUAUAUUGAUAAUUUCCCAUUUCGUGCCCUGAACUCACGGUUUUGCUGGCUAGUUUUCAUGAAGAGAAUUACUCUCUUGCUGAAAUCAAUGCAAACUUCAGUCCCAUGAGUUUGUGAGUGAACCAUGCGAAUGGUUGACUCGAGUCAUGUUGAGUCUAGGACCUUGGGAAAUGCUCCUACAAAAGAAGGGCCGUUGUCAGUCCCUUAAAAUGCUAACUACUUCUGUUGACAUUUUGAUCCAUCUCUAUAAGAUCUCCUAAAGUCAGAUUAAGGUGGUGGAAUGUUUGUAAACUUCCAUGGCAGUCAAAUCAAUGUGAUUACUAGAUCACCUUGCCACGAAUCUACGAUCAGUAGGCCGAAUCAGGUUCACCUGCAACAUCGAAGCCUUGUUACCGGGCGCCAGGCUACCCUGUCGAGGGAGAGGGUUUCCUCGGCUUGGGUGCAGUACAGUUUUACACUCAAUCCAUUCUACCUUGUGCACGAACCGCCAUUGUCGAGUUUGGGCACGGUUCUGAGAGCUUGGAAGCAGAUGAUAUAAGCAUUCUUCUGCAGUUCUGCUAAUGAGCAAGUUAGGUCGUGUCCUUUAUAGCUUCCGUCAGUUCAGGAGGGGAAACCUAAGAAAAAAGUGGAAGGUAGUAAAGGAAACGUUAUCCAAAAAGCUAUAUCAAGCCGUUAAUAAAGCCAUUGAUUCUGCUCGGUGCCAAAAGAAGAAAAAGGCUUUAUUAGUGACAUGGGUCUGUCUUUACUCUUUGGCAAUCCACAUUCCACAAUCACCUAACCAUCCAUGCAAUAGCAGCCAACACAAAAGUGGUGCAGUUUCCUUAGCAAUGAAAUUUCUCAAAACAAUAAAAGAUGUGUGACACAAACUUUAAGCAUGAACAUGGUUGUGGGUGUUGGCCUUUAUGGUUGGCAUCACACAAAUACUUACUCGAUAGUUGGUCGUACAAAUAUGAUCCGGUUAGAUUAGAUACAAAUUAAAAGAAAAUGAGAUUGGAUAAAAUUUCGAAUCCGAACAUUAAUGGUAGUUUCUGAACAUGGAUUUGUUAUUAUCUUACUCGAACUGGCCAAUUAAAUUUGUCCGAUUCUAGUACACCUCAUCGAGUUCUGAUUAUAUUUUGUCCGUGGAUCCACAAAAUGGUGGAACUAAAGACUAUACCAUACAUUGGGGCAUAAAAUUGUUAAAGUCUAGUACCCAAUUGCUUGGGGUUGGGACUAGGGAGAGAGUGAAUUUAAGGUUGUGGGAGUUGCAUUGAGUAUGGUCAUUGUCACUAUAAUUGCUUGUGGGCAUAUAUACCUAUCACCUUUGACAACGACAAACUGAUAUUUGUUACUUAUUUGGUUGUGGUUGCAGUUCAGCUGCUAAUCGUAAAAUAGCUUAUACGUUAAUUGCAACUUCAAAAAAACCAUUUUUUUAUAUUUGUUGUACUGCAAAUCCUACAUUUUUUAUACGGUUGGCGAUUUAACCGCGAAUCUGUAACCGCAUUCCCGGUACCCAAAACAUAAUCUCAUUUGAAAUUAUUAUUGGUUCGACACUAGAUGAUUCCCAAGUAACACCAACAGAAGCCCCGAAUUCGAACAUCAAACACUACAAAAACAACAUAGUAGACAGAUUUGAUAGCUACAAUUCCAAGCAGAUCCAUCCCAUCUCCCCAACAAUUAAACAUGACGCUGUCCCAAACACCAACAGCUAAGCAACCAACUCUACCAUUUAUUUGUUUGUCUCCUUCCCCUCUCAAAAGAAAAUCAAGAAGGAAAAGGAAAGGGGCAGUUCCCAAAUGUUCUUGCGUUAGUGGUUGCAGUUUGUUAAACCACCAAAAGCUUGAAUAAAUAACAAAGGCAAAAUCCAUCUCUUGAUGCCCUUUUGUUGAGAUGGUAACAUGAAAAUAUUUGAUUUGCCAUUUGGAUGAGGAUUUUGGGACCGGGACACGGGUUAAUAAUUGCCCUUCUGCUGCUGCUGCAGCUGCUGCUGUUUAGGGUUUUGUCUUUGUCAGUUGGAUCAACCGUCUCUUUCUGAUGGUAGAAAAGGAAAGCACUUUUUUAACUGUGGAUGGUGAAUUCAUGGCGACAUUCGGUUGUGAUGGUGAAAUCAAAAGCUAAGUAAGAAGGGUAAAAGAAAAGAGUUACUAGGGUAUAGAGGGGAGGGAAAACAGUAUGCCAAGUAAAACUUAGAAGAGGUCAAAAGAAACCAUGUUGAUUUGAGAAAUAUACUAUCGAGAACUAUCGUACUAAAAUCAUUUUGAUGAUACUGAGAGUUAUAAGUUCGGCAAUAUGAGUGUAUAAAAGUUGUUAUGAUUGAUACAACAAUCAUACUUCACGAUUAAAGCAGACAAAUCUAAUGUGUGAUAUGUUGUCUAGAUGAUCUAAUCGACAAGUUGUUUGCAAAAUCACAAAUAUCGAGAGAAAAACUAUAUGGCAAUCUGGUGGCAAGAAAGAAAAAUAAUUUUCAUUAUCGAUAAUAAUGGGCGAGGACUAGCUUGCUAUAAAUUUAUGUUGGUCAAUUCCAUUGUCGUCAUUGAUUAUAUUUAUAUGAAUAAAAAACUAGCAUUUCCAAUAGUUUAUAAAUAGAUUUGUCUCAUAAUGUAAAUCUUUGAUAGGAUAAAGAAAAUAAUGGAAUAAGAAAGCCAUCGAAACUCGACCCCUCCACCACCUUUUCAAAUUUAAAGUAUGAUAUGUUGUUUAACCAAUAUAAUCAACAAGCUAGGUCCAUCGUCACGAACAAUGAGGAAAACCUAUAUAACAACGUGGUGGUGAGAAAAAAAGAAUGAUAUCCAUUGUCGAUAAUCAUCGAAUAAGUAUGAACAUGAUGCCAUUAUUUUUAGGAAAAAUAACUCGUUAUAAAGCUUAUGUUGGUCGACUUCGCUAUCGUUUGUGAUUGUGUACAUUGAAAACCAAAAUUUCCAAUAAUUCGAGGCGUUAGAUGAUUCUAGGAAAGAAAAGAAUGGAAUAGGAAACCCAUAAAGCUCAACCUCACCAUCUACCCAGAAUUGUGGUGGUAGACAAGAGAAUGCAAAAUCUGUUUAUUGGGAUUUGGCCUUUGGGGCCUUCUUUCUUAAUCUAGCCCAAGCUUACAACUUGGGACAAAAUAAUGGUUUUGGGCCCGAAAAUAGAGCCGUUAGUAAAGCUGGGUUUUAUGGCCCAUCUUUUCUCCAUUAUUAUCGAGAUCUACACGAUUUGUUUCAGAAACACAAGAACAAAUUUCUGAUUCUGAGAGAUGUGCUUGGGCCGGGUCCAUCUACCAAUUACGUUUCCAGGUUUGUCCUUUGGAGUAUGCGGGUACAGCUGCAAUAAGGUCUCCAUUGAGGCCCAACGAUGAUAUUAAGGGUCCAUUUUUCCCCAGAUCCGAAGUUUUGGGACUAGAAGGGAAAUUUCGGCUCGGCAUAAAUGAGGUGGGACGGUGAACUCGAAUUCCGAAAUGACAUGUUCAUAAAUGUUUUGCGAGAAGAUGAUCUUCUCUAUUGUUGUGUUAUGAAGUUUGAAAAACUUAUGUACAUUAUGAUUUUGUUUGUAAACUAAACGGGUUUGUGGAAUAUUUCAUUAAGGAAUGAUCUUGUGAAUGUUAUAAAGUGUGUAUGCGUGUUAUAACAAAUGCAUUGAUGUUAUAAUGCUCAUUGUGAUUGUGUUGUAUUUGAAAUUUCAAUGAUCACUACAACAUAUUUAGUUACUCCGAUUAACUCACUUUUAUCUCUUUUGAUAGAGUUUUGUGUUACCAUGUAUGAUAUAUUUUGUUUGUAUUGUUUUGCAGGAUAUCUCUGCUUCGCUUUCGCAUUUGGACAUAAUCACGAUGGUUUAUCACCCUCAAACGGGGUAUUCACGGGGAAGUGCCAUUCUCGUUCUCUCUAUAUGAGUCAGUUUCAUGUCUUUUUGCUCCUCGGAGCUUUCACAGAGAUGCACACCUAGUGACAAUCAAGACUCUUUCAUCGAGAGUCCUGUUGCACACGGACUACUGUUUUUUAUUAUCGUUUUUCUUAUUAUUUUAUUGUUCGGCAUGCCUUGGGUAAAAAAAAGUUAUGAGAGACAAGGAGACAACCAUAUGAUCUAAAAACCAGAGACCAAUAAUUUGCUUCAUCCACAGUACCAAUCCAUUAUCUAUCGUUAUCAAUUUGUAUCUUACUGAGACCAAAAGGAUAGCUAGAUGAUGGGGGAAAGAGUUUAUCUUUUCAGUAUAGUAGCUAGCUAGCCCAAUAAUGGUUAGGAGCACUAAUCCAACAAUUCAAUCAACUUAUACAAAAAUAGACAAAAACUUCAAUCUAAUAUAAGAAUAUUAUUAUAGACGGUGUGACAAUACUAUUAAUUUGAUGAAUAUAUUUAAUUUUGUGAUCUUAAAAAUGGGGUAAGGAGGAACAUUCCCCAUUGCCUAACUUGAGUCCAAUAAAUUAGAGAAAUUAAAAAUAAAUAGCUAUUAUAUUAUAUGUGCAAAGAAAUUAGAGAAAUUGUGGCAAAAAAGAAACAAUGCUUUCUGGUUUGUAAUAGAAAUAACAUUAUUCAUGAGUCCAAAAUGUGAUUGAAAGCGAAAGAAAUUGGAAAGGAGGAAAAGAAAUGAAGGGUUGAAAACGAAGGCAUUUGCUUUCGUCCUUUGCGGUGUCAUUUUAGCGAUCAAUGGAAAGGUAUGUUUGUAUGUGGAUUUUGACGUCUUCUGUAUUUUUCCUCCGUUCGUGUGGUAUAGAUUGGAAAUAUGUAGCACGUCUUUUCCCCUAAUUAUUAUGUGGCCCAAAGUAAUCUAUCGUACUCCAUAACAAUACAAAUGAGUUCAAGGCUUUGGGUGUAACAAUUUCUGAGUUGUUGAAAGAGAGGCAGUGGUGAAGUUAGAAAUUUGAAGGAGGGGAGUUAAUUUCAAUUGUGGUAAUUUGUGAGGGGCUAGUAUCUUAUCGUAUAUUCUAAAUUUGUUAUAAAUUUUACAUGUAAUUUUAUUUAUAUUUCAAAGUUGACGAGAGCAGAGGGCUAUAGAGUAGUCGGUAAGAACGUUACCUAAAGAGAGACAUACUAAGGAGUAAAACUUUUCUUACCCCUAAGGGGGCUAUGAUAUAAUUUUACUUUUGACUUCAACCUAACUGCGUCACUAAGGACACCAGGAGAGUAAAACCAUUCGGUUAUAUUACUAGCUAACCGUGGAUCAUAUCACAUGCACUUACAUUAUCAACAUUAGUUUGACAGCAGAGGUCUUAUGUAUCUUGAUAAUUUUAGAACUUUAAUGUGAUGGUUUGAGUGCACUGAACUUCCUCUAUUCUCGAUUCUCCUUUGAUUACAGUAGCAACGUGGAGAAAAAGUUCGAAACAAACAAAUGAGCAUCACAUUCCAUCUUCCAACCGCCAAGCUAUGUUGUUUUGCAAAACCUAAUACAUGAACCUCUCUUCCUUCAUAUUGAAUCCAGAUUUUCGAUCUAUCUAAGUAGUACAUACUCUUCUCUUAGCUUACUUCCAUUUCAAUUUUAUCGGAUGUCCCCGAAGGUAACAGGUUGCUUCCAUUUGAUGUGUUGUGUUAGGGUUAAAAGAAGUGAUAUCUAAAGCUCAAAAGGGUCCAGUUGGGAAGGCAACAAAUUAGGGGUGGGUAUGGGGAGAAUUGAUCAAAAGAUGGGUUUUUCUUUAUGGUCAUAUCAUAUUACGGAUGCCAUAAAUGAAUUAAUUUAGCCCAUUACAUCUUGACCUACUUAUAAUAGUUAGCUAUAAAAUUAAAACAGAGAAAAAGAAUCAAGGACCAAUAUGAAUAUACCUAUAAAGAACAUGGACUACUACUAUUACUACCCACAUCAAUAAUUAAGCAUACAUAGCUCCUUCAAAUUCUAGUGUUUCUCCUGCAAUUUGUCGUGUGCUAGGACAUGGGCUUAGGUUGAAUUAAAGAGAAGAAUAUAUAUAAAAUUAUAAACCCUCUUUGUGCAUGCACCUAUCCCAAGUUCCCAACAUAAAACCACAUAUCAUUUGAUUGCCUAGAAUACGAAAAUUGCCAAAUCCAUGUUCAAAGAUUUCACAACAUUUCCCCCCCACUCAUUGAAACACAAAAGCAUGUCUCCCCACAUUCCUUAUGCUCAACAAAACCAUCCUAAGGUCUAGUUUGGAAUAUGUGUGUGAUGGUUAAGAAUAUACAUCUAUUUUGAGAACAAAUAUAACAAUUUUUUUUUGUCCUUACUGCGGUUAACUUUACUAGUGUGGAAGGACAAAUCUGAGCCAAGAAUGGCCUCGGAUCCUUAACCAACGAUUUCAUUGGUAAUGUAAUAGUCAUGCAGACAUAGCAAAAAGAGUUUAUAGAUAAGAUCAUAAUAUGUAUGCUACGAGCAAGUAGAGGAGAAUAUCUUCUUUCUUGUAAUGCUUGAGAGCCUUAUUAUAGAGUAUGUAUUUGAACCCUUAUUUUGAACUCUCCUCUGGAUAUCAAGACUCUAUCGAAAGACUUAGAUCCAGAACUAAUGGAUGAUCUAUUAUUGUAUUCCGAACAUGGAAACUCACAUCCCACACACAUACUCUUGGAAUAACACAUUCAUCUAAAACUAUGGAAUCCAACCGGAUCACUACGUCAAACUAAAAAAAAAAAGUGUUCCAUUCCAUGAAAUAUUAUAUAGUAAAUAAAUGGUGUGACCAUCCUAUGUUUGGAAAUUAAUAAAGAAGAAGAAGAAAACGACAAAGCUACUAUUUUAGGGCAGAGAGAAAGAGAACAAAGUAAACGCCGAUAGGAGAAAUGAAAAAAAAAAAGGGUUAAUAGCAUUUUCUGCCUCUAUACUAUGACUAUGUAACAAACGUGUGCCCUUGUACUAUUUUUUUGCACAAAGAUGCCCUUGUACUAUUACGUCGUAACAAACGUGCCCUUCCGUUGUGAUUUUUGUUUAAUCGCCGUUAAAUAAGCCUGAAAAUUACCCAAUUAACCCUGUUUAAUGCCCUCCCCAUUCCUUCCCACCCAUCGAUUCUUCCACCAGAGAGACUACCUCUCUUGUCGACCAGAGAGACUGCCGACCCGUUAGCAUACACCCUAGAAAUUUAAUUUAAUUUAAUUGUUGAGACAAAUUGAACAGUGCUAUUUAAUAAUAUAUUGCGAAGGGCAAACAGUGUCGAAUGUAAAAGGGACAUCAAUCGUGCCUCUACUGUAAGAUCUCGGAUUGAUUAACACCCAAGAAUAAGAUAUUGGAAUACUAAUUUAUUUUGUUAAGAAAAAUGAAUAAGAUUGAAAAAAGGUAAUUAACGAGAGAUUAAUUAUAAUUUAUAAUCCCAUUUGAUGGUUGGUAGGGGCAAAGAGGUCAAGGCAGUGAUUACGUGGAACAGAUAGUUCUGCUGCCUACAUAUUUAUACGACAAACUAAUAUCCUUGUUCUAAUUUAUUCUUCAUUAAUUUUGAAAGCUUUCCAUUACAUAUUUUGAAGAUUAUAAUUCAUUGAUUUGAAGGCUAUCAAUCAUAUAUAUUUUGACCAUAAAAAUCUAUUCUUCACAUAUUUUGAAGGUAAUCCAACACAUAUUUUGGUCGCUUUUUUGAAGACUAUUAUUCACCGACUUUGAUAGCUAUCCAUCACAUAUUUUAACCGGUUAUUUUGAUUGCUAUUAUUUACUGAUUUCGAAGGCUAUUAUUCACCAAAUUUAAUGGCUAUAUUUAAAAAAUUUCAUCCGAUUUUUAAUGUUAUUAGUCACUGAUUUUCAAUGCUAUCCAUCACAAAUUUGACCAAUUUUUUUAAAUAUGUUCUUCGCAGGUAUAAGGCUAUCUAUUGCAUAUUUUUUAAGACUAAUAUUCAUUGAUUUUGAAGGCUAUUCAUAAAUGAUAUUAAUCAACUUUUUUGAACGCUAUUAUUCACUGAUUCUGAAGAAUAUCCAUCACAGAUUUUUGAAAAAUAUUUUGAAGACUAUACUUCAUCGAUUUUGAAGGUUAUCCGUGACAUAUUUUGAGAUAAUAGUUAGUGAAUUAAUAUCAUUUUGGAUGUUUUAGAAGGCUACAGAUCACGGAUUCGGCCUGAGGCUAUUCUUCAACGAUGAUUAAAUCCAUUAAGCAGCGAUUUGGGCGGAUAUCUUCCGGGUCCAUUUUUGGCAGAUCCCAAAGGGGUACCAUCACCGAUUUCAGGCAAUUUUCCCGAAAUGCUAUUUUCUUUCGAUUUUGGAGGCUACAGAUCACAGAUUCAACCCGAGGCUAUUUUCCACCGAUAAUGAAGUCUAUUGAUCAUAUUCUCCAUAAAUUAUUAAGUCCAUUAAGCACCAAUUUGGGUGAAUUAAUUUAGGGAUGGCAUUUUCAUAAUUUUCUAGGCGAUUUUUUUCGAAAGGCCAUUUUACUUGGAUUUUGAAGGCUACAGAUGACAAAUUCGGUAUGAGGCUAUUCAUCAACGAUAAUUAAGACCAUUAAGCAGCGAUUUGGGCGGAUAUCUUCCGGGUCCAUUUUUGCCAGAUCCCAAAGGGGUACCAUCACCGAUUUCAGGCGAUUUUUGCGAAAUGUCAUUUUCUUUCGAUUUUGGAGGCUGCAGAUCACAGAUUCGGCCUGAGACUAUUCUUCAACGAUGAUUAAGUCCAUUAAGCAACUAUUUGGGCGGAUAUCUUCCGGGUCCAUUUUUGCUAGAUCCCAAAGGGGUACCAUCACCGAUUUCUGGCGAUUUUCCUAAAAUGCCAUUUUCUUUCGAUUUUGGAGGCUACAGAUCACAGAUUCAACCCGAGGCUAUUCUCCACCGAUAAUGAAGUCUAUUGAUCAUAUUCUCUGCAAAUGAUUAAGUCCAUUAAGCACCGAUUUGGGCGAAUUAUUUUGGGAAGACAUUUUCGUAAUGUUUUGGGCGAUUUUUUUCGAAAGGCCGUUUUUCUGGGAUUUUGAAGGCUACAGAUCACGGAUUCUGUCUAAGACUAUUCUUCAAUGAUGAUUAAGUCCAUUAGGCAUCGAUUUGGGUGGAUAUUUUCCGGGUCCAUUUUUGGCAGAUCCCAAAGGGGUACCAUCACCGAUUUCGGCCAAUUUUCCCGAAAUGCCAUUUUCUUUCGAUUUUGGAGGCUACAGAUCUCAGAUUCAGCCGGAGGCUAUUCUCCACCGAUAAUGAAGUCUAUUGAUCAUA